AUGGCAGAAGGUCUCACUGCCCCGCCUGUUUUGUCGACUCCCGACACUCUCAUCUUGGAGGAAGGCGUUUCAGGCACAACAGGAAGCUCUCUCGAGAUCUUGUCCGACGAACAGAUCAAGACACGAUAUGAAAUCUCCAGAACUAUCGGUGAGAUUAGACAACGAAAAUGGAAGCGGGUAGCCCUGCAGUUCCCCGAUCAGAUGCUCCCGCAUUCUGCUCGCGUUUAUCAAAUGCUAGCCAGAGGCAUACAAGAAGCCAGAGCGGAGGAAAACAGUGUCAGAAACGGCACGGACACGCCCGAAGCCGGUAUCGCAGAUAUCUCGUUAAACGACGAUGACCCAGUGAAACUGACCAUUCUGGGGGACACAUCGUACGGGUCAUGCUGUGUGGAUGAGAUUGCAGCAGAGCACGUCGACGCAGACGCUGUUGUCCACUAUGGACGGGCAUGUCUGUCACCGACAGCACGACUGCCUGUUCUCCAUAUAUACACCACUAUGGAUUUGGACUACGAUGCCGUGCUGAACUCAUUCCAGGAGUCGUUCCCCGACCACGAUACAAUGGUGGUUCUCACCGCCGACGUACCAUACGCCGCGCACAUCCAACCGGUGAGGGAAAUGCUUCAAAGGCUGAGGUACUCGAGCGUGUUCGCAGCAUCUAUAGUGCACAACCCGUCAUCUUCGAUACCUAACCGCACAGUGCCUGAGUCAGUUCUUGAAGAUCCAGCAUCUCUGUCGGAAUGGAGCUUGUUCCACAUCUCUGAACCGCCGACAUCUCUCCUUCUCACUUUGACCUCACGGAUGGCCGAUAUCAAAGUGUAUCCGACCGACAAGACGAGCAUCUCGGCCUCAACUGCUUCUCUUCUUGCAAGAUCGACAAAAAUGCUUCUCCGCCGACGCUACGCUGUCAUUACCUCUCUCACAACCGUUCCUGUUUGGGGCAUCCUGAUCAAUACGCUCAGCGUUAAGAAUUACAUGGAUAUCCUGUCAUAUGUCCAGCGUCAGAUCGCUGCCGCGGGCAAGAAAUCCUACCUGUUUGUUGUGGGCAAACUCAAUCCAGCGAAGAUUGCGAAUUUCUCUGAGAUCGGCGGGUGGGUUGUCAUCGGGUGUUGGGAAAGCUCUCUGAUCGACAGUAAGGAGUUCUACCGGCCCAUAAUCACCCCCUUUGAAUUGGAUCUGGCCUUGCAGACCGACGAUUCGCGGUUAUGGACUGGUGAAUGGCGGGCGGAUUUUCAGGCUGUGCUGGAGGAUGCUUCGAAGCGAGCCGCCGAGAAAACAGAGCCAGGGUCGAAUGGUGUUGCAGAGCAGGAAGGCGGCAAUGGUGACGGAGCUGACAUCGGCUCCGAUUCGGAGUCUGAACCGCCGGAAUUUGACCUCCGCACGGGGCGAUACAUUUCGCGCACCCGACCUAUGCAAAGCUCCCGCGCACUGCGUGCACCGGACGCACAAGCAGACUCUAGUGGUCCAACUCAGCACUCAAACGCGCUGACUCGUCGUAGUAAGGGCGACAUGGUUGCCGUGAAUGGAGUCGCCUCGCCAGCCGCAGAAUACCUUGCGCAGAAACGCACAUGGCGCGGCUUGGGCACUGAUUUCGAAGUCAGAUACGAUGAAGAGGAAGAAGGAGGUGUGAUCGAAGAAGGCAGGACAGGGGUCGCAAGGGGAUAUACCUUGGGAGAGUCGGUAAGAACGUGA